AUGACUCCCGCAGCGCACAAAGCACACUGGGUCGCGACGGUAGCGCGCUGGUUGCAGCAGCCGCAGCCUACGGGGCACGUGACGCUCGGCGCGUUCGCGGUGCCGCGAUUCGUCUUCGACCGACUGUACGACUACCAGGCGGCGGGCGUAGAGUGGCUCGACGAGGCGCACGUGAUCCGCAAUUGCAACAGCCGCACGACGUUGCUGGUGAAGUCGGUGCGGGCGCAGUUCAAGCUCGCGAUGACUGGCACGCCUGUGCAGAACUGUCUCGCGGAGCUCUGGAGCAUCGUCGACUUCCUGAGGCCCGGGCUGCUCGGGACGCUGCCCUUUGCAGGCGGGGGUGUAGCACCAUGUGGUAAAAACUCUGGUGCUGUGCCUGUGUAG